AUGAUGAUGGAUAGCGACACUGGUGUUAACGUAGUUAGAUCUGUCGAUCUUUGCUCGGGUCAGUACCGGUACCAACUGGAAAGACGGGCUGGAUACUUACCACUUACAUGGUCUCGUCCUCGCCAGGUGUCUACCAUAUACUACGUACCCAACCUAGUUGGCAAGCAUGAACAAGCGUUCUACAAUCGGACAAUAAACUUUUGCACCUACUUACGGAAGCCCUUUACCGAUCGGGUACUGAAGAUCAUCUACGAACAUUUAGAUCAGCGUGGAAAUCUGCCCAAGCGUUGCCCGAUAGCUCCGGGAACGUACACCUUCAAAACGUGCUUUGACGGUAUCCAGGUGCCGAGCUUUUUCCCCGAAAGUAGCUUUCGCAUCGACGUAUACUUCCGUCGACCUAACAGCGCACCGUUCUUUCAGAGCAGUUGGUUUGGCGAGAUGCGCAAAGAAUCCUGA